AUGAGUAAAUUCUUUCCAAGUGACAAUGAAGGUGGCGGAGGAGGUGGAGGUGGAGGUGGGCUCCUUUUCGGCACGGGUGGUGGCGGCGGUGAUUUCUUAGGUGGUGGAGGUGGAGGUGGACUCUUUUUUGGUUGUGGAGGUGGGGGUGGGCUCUUUUUUGGUGGAGGGGGAGGCGGAGGUGAUUUCUUAGGUGGGGGAGGUGGAGGUGGGCUCUUUUCUGGUGGUGGGGGUGGAGGUGGGCUCUUCUUUGGUGGAGGAGGUGGAGGGGGGUGGGUCUUUUUUGGUGGAGGUGGAGGUGGAGGAGGGCUCUUCUUUGGUGGAGGGGGAGGGGGAGGUGAUUUCUUAGGUGGGGGAGGUGGUGGUGGGCUCUUUUUGGGUGGUGGAGGUGGAGGUGGGCUCCUUUUAGGCGGAGGAGGAGGUGGGGGCGACCUUUUAGGCGGCAGAGGAGGUGGGGAGGCAGGUGGUGGUGAAGGUGGCGGAGGAGAUGGUGGUGGAGGUGAUGGGUGGUGGGGGUGA